AACCAGGUUUUGAAUUUAUUACAGUUCGUCGUAUUGGCUUUGGUGGCAGUAGCCUAUGGUGCUUCUGUUCCAGCGAAGGAAGGAUCCUUCAUACCCAUAGUCAAACAAGAUUCUGAGGUUAAUUUCGAUGGCAGCUACCAUUCAUCUUUCGAAACGGGCAACGGUAUUGUCGCUGAAGAACAUGGAGUUUUGAAAAAUGCCGGAGUCGACAAACUUGAAGCCGAAGAAGUAGUUGGAUUUGUUUCCUACACAGCCCCUGACGGAACUCCAAUCUCACUUAAAUAUAUCGCUAAUGAAAACGGAUUCUCAGCUGAAGGUUCCCACCUUCCACAGCCUCCAGUUGACACGAAUACCCCACCAGCAAUCCCAGCUGCAAUUCUCCGUUCUUUGGAAUGGAAUGCUGCACAUGCUGAAGAAGAAAAACCCAGACUGGCCUAAAAAUUCCAACUAUAACCGACUGAAUGUUUGAAAAUAAAAUACAGAGUUUUAUUAUCGA